AUGAGGCCGUGCAGCUUCCGCGCGACGCCGGCCGUGGCGUACCGCGCGCGCUUGACCACGUCGGCCGCGGCCAGCGCGCCCUCGCCCACCGCGCUCGCCACCAGGCUGCGCUUGAGCCCGCCCACCUCGCACGACACCAUCGUGUUUAUGGCGUGCAAGUCCUGCUCACACAAACUUAUGCAUGUUCAUUACUUUAAUAGCUCCCGCGUUAUAAGACUAACGUGCUUUUCUGUGUUUAGAUAA